GGCGCGCGGCGGCCAGUGCAGCUCGCGCGCCGAGACUCCCUGCCCGGGCAUGGCCAUGCGCGCUUUAUUUAUCGUGGCCGCGCUUAUCGCCGGCGGCGGCGCCGUUUACAACCGCGAGCGCGACCGCCUGCGCGCCGACCCGCGACUUCUUGAGCGUGCAUGUGAACUUAGCUCCUGCUAUCCCGCUACUGGGAACCUGCUUAUAGGUCGAGAGGCGCGCCUUUUCGCCUCCUCCACAUGUGGCGUCCACGACCGCGAGCGAUAUUGUAUUGUAUCACAUUUGAAAGACAGAAAAAAAUGCUUUUGGUGCGAUUCUUCCAACAACACCAUUCAUAACCCGAGUCUAAACCAUCGCAUUCAGAACAUUAUAUAUAAAUACUACCCCGGAACCCGAAACAAAUCCUGGUGGCAAUCCGAAAACGGCAAGGAAAAUGUCACUAUCCAGCUAGAUAUGGAAGCAGAGUUUCACCUUACGCAUUUAAUUAUAGAGUUUAAAACUUUUCGACCGGCUGCUAUGUUAGUAGAGCGAUCCUUCAAUUUUGGUAAAACAUGGCGUGUUUAUCGAUACUUUGCACAUAAUUGCAACGAAGCUUUCCCCGGUGUUCCAACACACGAUCAACGCAGUUUAACUGAAGUGGUGUGUGAAUCUCGUUACUCGGGUGUGGCGCCAUCCACUGAAGGUGAAGUUAUCUUCAGAGUGCUACCUUCGCACAUAAAUGUAACGAAUCCUUAUUCCGAAGAGGUACAAAACCUAUUGCGAAUGACGAACCUACGAAUUAAUUUUACGAAACUACAUACACUUGGCGAUGACCUGUUGGAUGACAGAGCAGAUAUACAAGAAAAAUACUACUACUCUAUAUACGAAAUGACAGUACGUGGUUCUUGCUCUUGUUACGGCCACGCAUCGAGAUGUUUGCCGAUGCCUGGAGUGGAAUCGAAAAAUAAUAUGGUACACGGACGUUGCGAGUGUACUCACAAUACUCGUGGUUUGAACUGUGAAUACUGUGAAGAUUUUUAUAACGAUCUUCCUUGGCAACCAGCUAUAGGAAAGACAUCAAAUGCAUGUAAACGUUGUACAUGUAAUAACCACGCUACAACCUGUCACUUUGAUCCUGCUGUUUACAAUAAAACUGGAAAGAUUAGUGGUGGAGUAUGUGACAAUUGUCAACAUAAUACAAUGGGAAUCAAUUGCGAAAGAUGUCAACUAAAUUUUUAUAAAGAUCCCAAUUUGGAUAUUCAAAGCCCAGAUAUUUGUAAACCUUGUGAUUGUGAUCCGGAAGGAACUACCGACAAAGAAAUUUUAUGUGAUGACGAAACUGAUGUGACUAAUAACAAGACUGCUGGCCGUUGCCUCUGUAAAGCGAACGUUGAUGGACCAAGAUGUGAUAGAUGCAAAGAUGGUUUUUGGAAUUUCAAUCCUGACAAUCCUGACGGCUGCGAGUCUUGUACUUGUGACCGAUUAGGUACUAUCAAUGAACGGGGGUGCGAUGCUUUAACGGGUAAUUGUUUUUGCAAACGCCACGUUACAGCGAGGAAUUGUGACCAGUGUCUACCACAAUUUUAUGGCCUUUCAGACAGUGAUGAUGGUUGUUUACCGUGUGAUUGUGAUAUUGGUGGUUCAUUGGACCGGGAGUGUGAUGUGAUAACGGGACAAUGUAAAUGUCGUCCGCAUGUUACCGGACGGCGCUGUGACCAACCGAUACAGAACUUCUACGUUGGAGCUUUAGAUUCAAUUGUCAUCGAAGGAGAAUCAAGCUUAUGUGAUUCUCAAAUGGACGAUAAUGCCAUUACGAGUCAAUUAUGUCAUGUAGUUAUAAGAGAGAAUUUCCCAGAUGGAAGAAAGGAAACUUGGACUGGUCCAGGCUUCAUGAAGUUACCAGAAGGCAGUACCAUAGUUUUUAUUGUAAACAAUCUAAAGAGGAGCAUGAACUACAAUGUUUUGAUUAGAUAUGAACCUCAGUCUUCGCUUAAUUGGGAAGAGGCUACCAUUUUAGUGAAAAGACCAUACGGUGUUGAUCCCGAUUCUCCUUGUGCUAAUGUUCGACUAGAAAACGAUACCAUACAAACAUAUCUUCCAUCAAACCAACGCAGUGUUCUAGUUUCACCAGCAAUCUGUUUAGAAAAAGAUAAAGAUACAGAAAUCCGUAUUUAUUUGGGCCGUCAAGACAGGCGUACUCCGAAUCCUAUAGCCACUGUUUUAAUAGAUUCUAUUGUUCUUAUACCAUCCUUCGACGAUUUACCAAUUUUCAAUGAUAGCAACGUGAAAGAUGAGUUUGAUUAUAAUAACUGCGGUGACAAAUAUUUUUACGAUCUUAAUAGAGACAACAUUCCUGAAAUCUGUAAGAAAUAUCACGCAAGUAUAGGUUUUUACGUAAGAAAUGGUUCUGAACCCUGUCAGUGUGAUCCCACUGGUUCAAAAAGUCAUCAAUGCGAUCGCUACACAGGAUAUUGUCAGUGUGUAGAAAAUAUAGUAGGGACAAGAUGUGAUCGUUGUGCGCCAGGUACGUAUGGUUUUAGUAAAUUCGGUUGCAAACGCUGUGACUGCAACCACAUAGGUUCGUUAGAUAACUUUUGCGAUGCUGCUAGUGGACAAUGUAAAUGCAGACAGAAUACCUACGGUAGAGCGUGCGAUUUAUGUCAACCUGGAUAUUUCAAUUUUCCCCAUUGUCAACAAUGUGACUGUAACGGCCACGCGGUAGAAUGCCACGAUAAAACAGGUGCAUGCAAGGAAUGUUUGGAUCACACUGAGGGACAGCGUUGUGAACGGUGUAUUGAGGGAUAUUAUGGAGAUCCAAGGCUUGGUGUUGAUAUCUCAUGUCGCCCAUGUCCUUGUCCUGGUGUUAAAGGAGACCCUACGAAAAACAAUCAUGCAGAUAAAUGUGAAUUAAAUUCUGUUACCAAAGAUGUUGAAUGCUAUUGUAACGAAGGCUACGCCGGUCCACUCUGUGAUGUAUGCGACGACAAUUAUUAUGGUGAUCCUAUUAGAGGUACCUGCGACAAAUGUGAAUGUAAUGAAAACAUUGACAUUACAAAACCUCAAAACUGUGAUCCUAAUACUGGCAAAUGUCUUAAAUGUUUACAUCAUACGGCUGGAGAUCAUUGCGAAAUUUGCGAAGAAGGAUACUUUGGCAGUGCAAUAGACAAGUCUUGUUAUAAAUGUAGCUGUUCUGUGUUAGGUACAAAUUUUGCAUUAGGCAAUUGUGAUGGCGUUACUGGACAAUGUCCGUGUCUUCAAAAUGUAACAGGAGUUAAUUGCGAUCAAUGUAUAGAGAAUCAUUGGCGUAUAGCGCUAGGGGAAGGAUGUGAGCCAUGUGAUUGUGACCCCAUUGGUUCUGUUAGCCCACAGUGUAACCCUUAUAUUGGAAAUUGCUCUUGUAACCCUGGUUAUGGUGGCCGACAAUGUGAUCAAUGUCAAGAAAAUCACUGGGGUGACCCCAACAUCCAGUGUUUUGAAUGUGAUUGUGACCCAUAUGGAUCUGCAACCUCACAAUGUAUGAGACAAAAUGGGCAAUGCGUUUGUAAACCAGGAAUGGGCGGAUACAAAUGUGAUAUGUGUGCUAGAGGUUACUUAGGUGAAGCUCCUCACUGUCAAGCCUGUGGUGAAUGUUUCGACAGCUGGGACAAAGUGAUUGAAGAUUUACAAACCCAAUCAGAAUAUGCCAUCGGUAACGCUAGCAAAAUUAAACUUGUAGGUGCAACAGGGGCUUACACACGCGAUUUUGAAGAUAUGGCUAAAAAGUUGGUCGAACUAGAAACUAUACCUCAAAGAGCUAAAGAAGGUGAAACCACUGUACAAAAGCUUUUGUUAGGUGCAGCUAAUGUCCAAGAACAGUUGUCUAAAGCAGAGCAAAUUGUCAAAGAUAGCACAGAUAACCUAAACGCCAUCACAUCUAAAAUAAGCCUGGGCAAUAUAACUUUGGAUACACUAAGAACGAACAUCGAAAAUUUAAAAUCAAAAACGUUUGAGCUAGGUGAAAAUGCAACCAAGUUACAAGAAGCUAAUCUAGAAGGUGCUUUAAAUAUAACUAGAGAAGCUAAAGAAAGAGCCAAUAAAGCUGCAGACGAUGCUGAAAAUGUGCAAAGAAUUGUUGCUGACACUGAUCGCCAAAUUAAAAAUACUGAUCGACUAAUUGAAUUGCAAUAUCCUCAUUUCAACAGCAGCCAUUUAGUCAAUGAGAAAAAACUAGAUGAAUUGCAAAAUCAACUCUCGGAUUUGGAAUCAAAAAUACCUAAAUUAAAUGAAAAAAUGUGUGGUGUAGACAGUGACACUUGUGAUAUUUGUGGAGGAGCUGGUUGUGGAAAAUGCGGUGGAAUAUCAUGUGAUGAGGGUGCUGUCACGAAAGCUGAGCAAGCGCUAGACUUUGCUGGAAAAACUGAAAACAGAAUAAAAGAACACGAACUUACAGCCGAAGAUUCGUUUAGAAAUGUGUCACAAAUAAAACAAUCCACAAUUGCUAUUCGCUCGAAAGCUAAUGAAUUUUACAAUAAAGCUGACGAAUAUAAAAUAGCAAUCGAACGACUUACCAAUGAUAGUCAGUUUCUUACUUCUGAAAUAAAAGACUUUUUAUCGAACACUUCUAAUACUCCAGCAGAUGUUAGAACUCUCGCCAAUGAAAUACUGAAUCUGACCAUAGAAAUAGAACCUAAACAAAUAACAGAUUUAUCUCAACGUAUUAAUGAGACUGUAUCACAAUUAACUAACAUCGAAAAUAUUAUAAUAGAAACUAAACCUGAUCUAGAUAGGGCUAGAGAGCUCAAUCUUAAUGCAACUUCUAUUAACAAAGCAGCAAAUUUGACUUUAGAAACGGCUAAUAAAGUUUUGGAAGCAUUAGAUGAAGCUCAAGCAGCUCAAGAUGCAGCCGAAAAUGCCAUAAAUAAAGCUAAUGACGACAUUGCAGCAAUUAAAACUGAAUUAAUUCCUAUAGCCGAAGAGACCCAGCAAGCUCAACAGAAGGCUAACGAAACUAAGGUGAAAGUGGAAUUAUUACAACCUCGAUUAGAGAAUUUGAAGAAAAAUGUUACUGAAAUUACUAACGCCGCUGACCAAGUACGUGAAGAAACUACUCACGUCGUAAAUCGUGCAGAGAACGUUGAGCAAAAUGCAAGGCAACUCCGACAAAAUUUCAAAGAAGUUAAUGCAUCAUUAGCGGAACGCGCUACUAAAACAGCGGCUUCUAGGGAUCGAGCUCAGCUUUUACUCGAACGUGCGAAUUGGCUUGCUAGCGAAACAACUAGACAGCUCAAGUUAUUGGCGAACAUGGAAGAAUUAUACAGUAACCACAAUGAACAGAUGCAAUCGUUAGAAAAAGAUAUAGCUGAGCUUAAUAAUAACAUGAAAGAUUACUUAUUAGAAAUCACCAAGAAAUCAAAAACAUACAGGUCUUGUACGACAUAAAAGAGCAUUUAUAACGUAGUUUUUAAAUAUCACGGUCAAAAUUCAUGUUCCUCCUAUAAUUGUUAAUUUCUUGAGUGCCAUAGUAUUAUUUCUGGGCUUUUGUCGUUAAAACUGUAGUUUAACUACUUUAGUGUAUUAUAUUCAAAUUGAAACAAGUGUGGGUUGUUAAACAUAACCGGUUUUGGUGACUGUACUUACUUAAUUGCAAAUUUCAUGAUUAUUUGUUUGGUACCCUAUAAAUUCUCUUUAAUUUUUAAGUGACGAUAAGGCGUAAUUUUGAUAUAAUUUUUGUGAGUCAUAAAGUGAAUAUUCCUUAGUUAGCAAUUAAUAACAACAUGUGGGUACAAAUAUAAAUUAUCCACAGCAACUGCAAUUCCAAAGAACCUGGUAGAUGAUAAGUUCUUAUUAGACUCGAUUAAUGUUUUAUAUAAUAUUAAAGACUAAUGUAAACUAACAAGUUUAUUAACGAUAAGUACACUAAAGUUCUGUGCCUAAAGGAAGCUAGAGUUUUUAUACUAAUUUCAUGUUUUUGACUUAAAAGAAUAUAUUUUAUUUAUUUAAGUGUAUACACCACAUAAAUACUUUUUGUGUAUAUUUUUGUUCGUGAUUAAACCGUCAAACUGAAUUAUAACAAUUUUGUUCUUUUUCAACAGUGCACUAGAUUUAUAUAAAUUGCAUUUCUAUUAAUGCCCUUUACUUAUAUGAUUAUUGUUUGUAAUAAAUAAUUGUUACUGUGCAUAUUAAACAAUAUACAUAAGAAUUGCUACCCAAUGUGAGUAACCAU